GCCUCUCUGAAAACAAUCUUUCCGCCUUUCAACUGCGCUGCACCACUUCCUUGCAAUCACAUUCAGAACAAGACUGUUCCCUUUAACAUCUCCUUUGCGCAUAGUCCACAGUACUAUCAGACUGUGGUAUCAUCCUCGUUGCGUCAGUCAGAUCGAUUCUUCUCCAAAACACCUCCCUCCUUUUCCCAAUCAGCAACAAACAACAUGGCGGAAGCUGCUUCAAACGUACCAACCUUCAAGCUCGUCUUGGUUGGUGACGGUGGUACAGGAAAGACUACCUUCGUCAAGCGCCAUCUGACAGGUGAAUUCGAAAAGAAGUACAUUGCCACUCUUGGUGUCGAAGUUCACCCUCUAGGCUUCUCAACCAACCUGGGUCAAAUUCAGUUCGAUGUCUGGGAUACUGCUGGUCAAGAGAAGUUCGGUGGUUUGAGAGACGGAUACUACAUCAACGGCCAAUGUGGUAUCAUCAUGUUCGAUGUCACCUCCAGAAUCACCUACAAGAACGUCCCCAACUGGCAUCGUGACCUUGUCCGAGUCUGCGAAAACAUCCCCAUUGUCCUCUGCGGAAACAAGGUCGACGUGAAGGAGCGCAAGGUCAAGGCCAAGACCAUCACAUUCCACCGCAAGAAGAACCUUCAAUAUUACGACAUCUCUGCCAAGUCCAACUACAACUUCGAGAAGCCUUUCCUGUGGCUCGCCCGCAAAUUGGUCGGCAACCCUCAACUUGAAUUCGUCGCUGCUCCAGCUCUCGCACCACCCGAGGUCCAGAUCAACCAGCAGCUUCUCGACCAGUACCAGAAGGAGAUGACAGAGGCUGCAGCCAUGCCUCUGCCAGAUGAGGAAGAUCCUGACUUGUAAACGAAACAUCAAACCAACAGGGCUCGUCGUCACAUUCUGCGAAAUGGCGACGGCUCAUCUGGUGGAGGGUUUGGGUCAGCGAGGCGACAACUAGAAGGUCGUGUUGGUUCCGAUCAGAAGUGGAGCUGGGAGUUGCAAAGAUGCUGGCAGGAGAGCGUGGCUGGUGAGAUGGGUUGGAGACGCGAAAGCACCGAGCUUCUUCCCACCUCAAUGACGAAGUGAACGAAUGAAAGACAAACGAAGCUUGCUUUCUCCCAGAAGCCACAAAAGGCCAAAGUGCACGCACGAUACAGGUUUCAUUUGCUCAUUCUGCGAUAGGUCUAGACUACAAAUAUGAUAGCAUAGCGAGAAUCAAAGAAUUCGAACGAA